CGCGCCUGCGCUGGCCCUCGCCUCGGAGCAGCCAUGAUGCAGGAAGGCCUGGACGACGGCCCCGACUUCCUCUCUGAGGAAGACCGCGGACUUAAAGCAAUAAAUGUAGAUCUUCAAAGUGAUGCUGCCCUGCAGGUGGACAUUUCUGAUGCUCUUAGUGAGAGAGAUAAAGUAAAAUUCACUGUGCAUACAAAGAGCUCGUUGCCAAAUUUUAAGCAGAAUGAAUUUUCUGUUGUUCGACAACAUGAGGAAUUUAUUUGGCUUCAUGAUUCCUUCGUUGAAAAUGAAGACUACGCAGGUUACAUAAUUCCACCAGCGCCACCAAGACCUGAUUUUGAUGCUUCACGGGAAAAACUACAAAAACUUGGAGAAGGAGAAGGUUCAAUGACAAAGGAAGAAUUCACAAAGAUGAAACAGGAACUGGAAGCUGAAUAUUUGGCAAUAUUUAAGAAGACAGUUGCAAUGCAUGAAGUGUUCCUAUGUCGGGUGGCAGCACAUCCUAUUUUGAGAAAAGAUUUAAAUUUCCAUGUCUUCUUGGAAUAUAAUCAAGAUAUUCCUUGACUUCCGUGGCCUCCAUGACUGUCCUAAAAGGGAUGACAAAACCACAAGAUGGGAAGAAGCUGACUUCCUGUACAUCUGUAUACAGCAAGGAUACUACUUCUGAAGAAUCCCCCAUUGUACAUAAAUGAGAAAUGUCAUAUUUAAAUCAGCUAACAAUACCUUAACUAUUG